AGUAGGUUGUAUCUUUAGGACUCUUCACUGUAUCCACCUGAGACCGUUAUAUGUCAGUAAGAAGCCAACGAAUGAGGUUCUACACACAACAGCAUCACCGCAGGUGUAUCUGCAACAGCACUUUGGAAUCUACACAUCGUACGGCAUCGGCACCGCACAAUACCUGUGCGCACGUGGGAUAGGGAGUGUUGGUGGUCUAUGAAUGUGGCCGAGCGUGCCCCCCACCACAACAUCUGCCUCUGUGCCCGUGGGGACUAUGCGCUGCACAACCCUGAAUGCACUGGCCGGUGGUUUGCGAGAACAGGGAGGGGGGUGGAGCAGCAGCAGGGGGUCGAGGGGGGCGCAGCAUGCCGCCUCCCUUCCGCAUCGCUGUGCUGGGGGCACAAGGCGUGGGCAAGACUGCCAUCGUGCAGCGCUUCCUCCACGAUGACUACAGCGAGAUGCCCACCCCGGCAACCAGCCGCGCCCGCCGGGUUCACCUGUCUGCUGCUGUGCUCAAUGGCCACGUGCACGACCUGCAGAUCACUGACUAUCCUGCCAUCACCAGCUUCCCCGGGAACUCAAUGCAGGAGUGGACAGACACCUGCUGCCGAGGCAUCCGCAGCGCUCACGUCUACAUACUGGUCUAUGACAUCUGCUGCUUCGACAGCUUCGAAUACAUCAAGACCAUGCGCCAGCAGAUCCUAGAGACCAGGGUGUUGGGCACAGGCGACAUGCCCAUCCUGGUCGUGGGGAACAAGCGGGACUUGCAGCGGGGGCGUGUUAUCCCCCGCCACAACAUGUCCGACCUGGUGAGGAAGAACUGGAAGUGUGGCUACGUGGAGUGUUCGGCCAAGUUCAACUGGCACGUGCUUCUGCUGUUCGGGGAGGCUCUGCGCAGUGUGGGCUGUGCCCGCUGCAAACACGUCCAUGCAACCAUCCGCUUCCAACGGGCACUAAGAAACGAACGCUGUGCCCUCAUGUGAUUUACUCAGUGACGGUGGGUGCGCACCAGAGUGGCAUUGAGGGCCAUUGGUACAGUAAACCUCCCUAGGACCACCAUGGCUGACCACAUUUCUGUCCCGUGAAGCUACAGUAUUAACAUGUAACAGCCCUCUGUUUUGCUGCUAUCUGACUUGAUCAGGGAUGGAGAGUACCACCCUAUCCAUCUUUGUAAAGUAUCUUUGAUAUUUUCUUGAUUUGGAGGCAGCUAAACCAACCCCUUGCUGUAAAAAUUCUGAACUCGUUCAAGUACACUAAAGGAACUUUCCAGCAUCUGGGAGUCGCUCCAGACAGACAGAUUGGCUUAUGUUGUUUGACUCACCUGGACGUUGAUCGAUGUAUGACAUUGCAAAUGUCAAAGCCCUGUUUGGAGUGGGAUUGAGGUUGACAUCUGCUGAUGCAUUCUCUUUCUCUGCUCGGAUGUCUUGAAGGUGCACACUUGAGCAUAUAAUCCCCAGAGGUAGCUAUACGAAUUCCGUACACAAGCCCAUCUCAAUUAGUCCUCUGAAACCAAAACAGCCAACCAUAGGGAGAUUUCUGUUAAAUGGAGUAAUCCAAUCCAGUCCACCUUUACGCUCCACUCGCAAACAAACAACUGUGUACAUCCAUAAAUCUACAACAGUAGAAGCACAUAAGGGUGUUUAUAUACAAACACAACUCAGACCAAACCCCUGAUAUGAGACUGUUAAUGAUAUUUUUACAGUAUAAGGUCUAAAUGUAAUAAAAUACUUGAGGYUAGACAUGGCUGUCAACAUAUCGGCCUGUUCAGGUCCUCUGAACUGCUAAAUACAGCAAUAAAUGGACAUGCCAUGCUUGAAUGUUAAUAAUCUUUGGUAAAACGUAGAUAUAAGGGGGAACAAAAGGACACACUUGUUCCUGUAAGGUUGUAUUCAAUGAAAUGUUUUAUUUAUUUCACCUUUAUUUAACCAG